AUGACGAGCAAUACUGAUCGCGAAUCAGCAGGCUAUCAGCUGGAUGUUCCGGCUGAACAAGUAGCAAAACUGGAUGCAAAAGGUAAAAAGUCUGCAGAAAAGCGCGCCAAAACUUUCACUCCCGAAAAAAACAAGACCUUCAUCGGUCCCGUCGAUAUCGCUUUGAUGGAAGAUGCUAGCAAAGCCAGCGAGGAGAGGCGGAAGCACAUUACGGAACAACCUGUCGAUCACUUUUCCAAAAAGUGA